AUGGCAAACCCAUCCAUGGCUUCUUAUACUUCUCAUUUCGACGCACAAAUGAAUCCACGCGAAGUGUUCCUUCUUGAUGUACAAGAGAGAUUUGCCAAAGUCAUGGAGAACAACAGACAACGUGAGGCAGAGCGCGUUCAUCAAAGCAAUUUUAACUUGCAAAUACCAUAUCUCCAUGCUCAAUACUGGGAAUCUCAGCAAAAUCAAUAUUCUAAAGAUUCUAAUUUUACCUCAAUACCGCAGCAGAAUAUGACUUCCCAAACAACAUACGCUAACACGCCUGUGCAUGGAGCAUAUAUGGCUAGACACCCUGUUCCUGUUAGACGAGCCACGGGGCAUAUGCAGAUGCCUAGCAACUCCAGAAACUUCGAAGCUGCGGCACCCAAUGAAAUUCCGAAUCCUUUCGGAUAUGGCCAUGGUCAAGUCGGAAAUCAAAUGUGGAAUCGUGGUACUUCGGCUACGAAUCAGCAUCAGCAAGAACCGCGACGACUUAGUCCCCCUCCCAAUUACUUCACUCGAUCGGUCACGUUUACCGAGAGUUAUUCUACCAAUCCCGUGAAUAAUUCUCAAAACAACGAAAUGCAUCACCAAAACCGAUCCCAAGGACAUGUAUCUCAUGAGCACAGCACAAUGGGUCAACACACGAAUAUGCCGCAAGAUCACGUCCACGUACCCCACACUGUCACCGAAAUGAACGAGGAGCUCAACAUGCCCAAAGAAGCCGUACCCUUCGCGGACCAAUUCCAAAUGGAACCAUCCAAGAGGCUCCUCCGUCGAAACGGCUCAUUGAUACCAGGCGAAGAACCUUCUCCACAUCCUUCUAGCAACUACAAAGGCAAUCCAGCGGCCGGACUUAUAGGUCUUCCCCAUCAUCUCAACUGCGCUCUCUGGCUCACAAACCUCCCCCCUGACAUCCAACCAUUCGAAGUAUUCGAAGAGAUCAACACCGGCGCAGUAUCCGCCUUCGAAAUAACUCGUCCGCAGGGAAUCUUCGUAAUGUCCGCCGCAAAACUAAUAUUCAAGCACCCCGAAGCCGCCGCGCGAUUCAUUUCCCAAAGCGAAGGUCCGACAGGAAUCAUUGUGCGACGACGCAGGAUAAAAGUUCGCUACAAUAUGUUUGGGCACCGCCGAUAUAGAAAAGAUGAGAGGACGCGAGUGCUGGCGAUUGAAGGGCCUGUUGAGCAUAUUGAGUAUGAAGAUCUCAAGUUGUAUUUUGAGAGUUUUUGCGAUCAUGAGUUGUCGGGCUGGGAAUAUGUUCCGUCGAGUAUUCCGGGGUAUAGGAAGUUGGUUUGGGGGUUUGCGAGGAUUGAUGGGCAGGCUACGCAGUGUUUGAAUGGGAUUCGGAGUCAUCCGGUUUGGGGAAAGGUGUUGACGGUUGAUUAUGCACCGGAUCCAUGCGGUAGAUUUUACCCAUAG